AACGGUGCCGUGUUAGGUACUUUGCGCUGGCCACGCGGGCGGAGUCUCGCGGCCCUUAACCGACGGGAGCGCGCGCGAUCCGGCAGCAAUGUCAGCGGCUUUGCGCGGCUCGCGAGCCCGUCUGUUAUUGAGCCUUGAGUUGGAUGUGUGAUCGUUCGUUGACCGAGUUAGCGGCUACACGGGGUCGUUUCGUCGAAGUAGAAAAAACUUAUUCGCGUGUCUGGCUGGCUGGUGGUCGUGUUUAGUAAACUGUCGAGUUGUGAGACCCAAAGACUCGCACCUCCCCGACACACAGUCCGUCAUGCUAAGGCGUAAGAAUCACCUGAGGCUGAGGCGAUUUCGAGGCACGAGUUUCAGUUGAGCAGAGCAGGGAUUGGGGUCGGUCACGUGACCCGGGUGGUUUGGCGGGAGCCGUGAGCAGCUCUCAACACUUCUAAAAAUGGCACGAGUUACCACUGCCCUGGGCAAUAAUGCUAUUAGUGGACACACCAUGUUCUGCCAUCUGGACGCUCCGGCAAAUGCAAUAAGCGUGUGCCGAGAUGCGGCACAGGUGGUCGUAGCGGGGCGGAACAUCUUCAAGAUCUAUGCUCUAGAAGAGGAGCAGUUUGUGGAGAAGAUUAAUUUGCGCGUCGGCCGUAGGCCGUCCCUGAACUUCAGUUGUGCCGAUGUCAUGUGGCACCAAAUGGACGAGAACCUGCUCGCCACGGCAGCCACCAACGGAGCCGUGGUCACCUGGAACCUGGGCAAACCUUCGCGGAACAAGCAGGACCAGCUUUUUACCGAGCACAGGCGCACAGUUAACAAGGUCUGCUUCCACCCUACGGAGGUGUACAUGCUGCUGAGUGGCUCGCAGGAUGGCUACAUGAAGUGCUUUGACCUGCGCAAGAAGGAAUCUGUCAGCACCUUCUCAGGCCAGUCAGAAAGUGUGAGGGAUGUGCAGUUCAGCAUGAGGGAUUAUUUUACAUUUGCCGCAUCCUUCGAGAAUGGCAACGUCCAGCUGUGGGACAUCAGACGGCCUGACCGAUAUGAGAGGAUGUUCACUGCUCACACUGGACCCGUCUUUUGCUGUGACUGGCACCCAGAAGAUAGGGGUUGGUUGGCAACAGGUGGCCGUGACAAGAUGGUGAAGGUGUGGGACAUGACCACCAACCGAGCCAAGGAGAUCUACUGUGUGCAGACUAUUGCCUCGGUUGCUCGUGUUAAAUGGCGGCCAGAGCGGAAGUGGCACAUUGCCACUUGUUCCAUGAUGGUAGACCACAACAUUUAUGUAUGGGAUGUGCGGCGCCCUUUCAUCCCUUUUGCCACCUUUGAGGAACACAAAGACGUUACCACUGGUAUUGUGUGGCGUCACCUUCAUGACCCCAACUUCCUCCUCUCGGGCUCUAAGGACAGCACCCUAUACCAGCACAUGUUUCAGGAUGCCAGCCGGCCUGUGGACAAGGCCAACCCAGAAGGCCUUUGCUUUGGUCUUUUUGGGGACCUUGCCUUUGCGGCAAAGGAGAGCUUGAUCAGUGGUGACUCCAACCGGAAGCCGUAUGCCGGUGGGGACCGUCGUCAUCCAAUCUUCUUCUUCAAGAAACCUGACCUCACAGAGCAGUUUCCCCAUGUCUCCAGCACCCUCAGUGUCUUUGAGACAGACCUGAAGAGUAGCCAUAUGGACUGGUUUGUCAAAACAGCCAAGCUGUAUGCGCUCAGCGGAAAGCCUUUCACAGAACUUUGUGAUCACAAUGCCAAGGUAGCCAAGGAGCUCAAUCGACCUCAGGUUUCUACUACUUGGACAAUGAUACGGAUUAUGUUUUCAGACCCAGGGAAUCUCAGUACAGUAGCGCCCAAUCAUAAUAUUAGUAAAUUGGGUACAUUGCCAUUAAUGAACAGUUUCAACAUGAAGGAAAUGACUGCAGGUCUGGGUAAUGAAAAUCGCUUGGACCGCAGUAAGGGAGAGAUCAGGCAGGAUACCAUUCACAUGGAUUCUGGAAACCCCUUAAUUAGCAACAAUGAUGAGAAUGAAGAAACAGAGGGCAGUGAGGGACAGGCAGAUUACAUGUUUGGUGAUGCAGAGCUGGAUGAUGAUGACCUGUACUCUAUGGAGCCUGACAACCAGGGCGCUGAGGAACAGGAGUACACCCUGCCUCAGGAAGCGUUCCCAUUACGGCACGAGAUUGUGGACAACCCUUCUGCGCCAGAGCACCUGCAGGACAGGGCUGACUCUCCGCACAUGAGCGGCAAUGAGGCAGAGAGCAUGUGCCUGACGCCCAUCGAGUCCUUUUCCCUCAUCUCCAUCUCGCAGCCACUCUUCAGCUCCCACCUGCCACCGUCCUUCUUCAGCCCCAUGGUGCGCGAGAUGCUGUGCUACUAUGCUGAACAGGGAGAUGUACAGAUGGCCGUGUCUGUGCUCAUUGUCCUGGGCGACCGCAUACGCAGGGAGAUUGAUGAUCUCACACAGGAGCACUGGUACAUGUCCUACAUUGACCUACUGCAGCGCUUUGAGCUCUGGAAUGUCUCCAAUGAGGUUAUCAAGAUGAGCACAUGCAGUGCUAUCAACUGCCUCAACCAGGCCUCCACAACCCUGCACAUCAACUGCAGCAACUGCAAGAGACCCAUGAGCAACAAGGGCUGGAUAUGUGACAGGUGCCACCAGUGUGCCAGUAUCUGUGCGGUGUGCCAUCACGUGGUUAAGGGCCUCUUCGUGUGGUGUCAAGGCUGCAGCCAUGGUGGACAUCUGGAACAUAUCAUGGACUGGAUGAAGAGCAACUCGCACUGCCCUGCUGGCUGUGGGCACCUUUGUGAGUACACCUGAAGAGUCAAGGGAUAAGCCGUGCAAUGCGGUGGAGGCAAAGGGACGUUCUGUCAAAUCUGAGCCAGAUGUUUUUGCAAGGGCUUGCAAUCAGGAAGGCAAAAAGAAGCCAACAUUUGAAAAAUAAAAAUGGUUUAAUCUCUGAAUUUUGCUUCAUAAUGUUUACUGUGAUUGGUAGCCACUUUGCAUAAACUUCUUUCACAAUGUCAAUAGGAAAAGCAUGUGCAAUGGUGCCUGUCUUCCUCACCAUGUAGAGCCCUUUCACUUGAGGUAAUCUACUCAGAGUACUGCCAUGCUGCAACAGAGAGUGAGAAAGUCCUAGAGAAUUUUGGCAUAGCUUAAAUUGUACAAUCAUAAGAGUCAUGGCAUUUGUGGAAAAAUAGAAGCUUCACAUCAGUCCAGUGUCUUCAUAAUCAAAAUGGAUGAAAUUGCUGUGUUGUCAUACUUCUUAAUGUUAAUUGAUCAUAAUGGAGGGAGAACACCUUGAUUUUUUUUUUUAAAAGCAGUAGUUGAAAACAGUUUCAUGAAGCUACCUUCUGAGCAAUAAUUCAAAAUGCAAGAAAAUGGGAAGUCUGCUUUGAAAGUCAACAUUAAUCAGGGAGCUAGAGGGUAGGCAUGAUUAUUGAGCAUAGGGAACUAUACCAGGACCUGGAUAACAAGCUGCUUUGCUGGCCAUACCUUUUAGUCUGCCAGUUCCCACAAGCAAUCCUUGGACUGCAACUACUGUAGGUUUUUCAGAUCUAGAAAAUCUGCUGAGAAAAACGUCCAUUGCCGUUCUGCUUGUAAUAUUGCGAUCGAGCUCUUUGGCAGGCAGUUACGGUCACCGCAGGGAUUAAGGAAGGAAAAACCAGCCUUAUUGGUGUGGUACCUUGCACUUCAAGAGCACACGUUUAGUGGUUAUAAGGAGUUUGCUAGAAAACAGAGGAUCUUCGUUGUAUCCAUCCCCCCGCCGCCCAAAAUUAUUCUGCUCUUGCUAAGCAUGUGGAAUUGUCUACUACAUUUACUGAUUAUUUCCAACACAAUACAUAGUGACAUUAUUGCCAGCAGUGCAGAAGUGACAGGUAGCAAAAUGGAUAAGAUCAGACUCCUUGUAGCAGUACAGGAUAUGUGUGGUGCUAAUGUCAACUGACAGAGCUUGUUAUGUCAACAAGAAGGGCUGUGCUGUAUAUGUGGCAUUCUGGGUUUUUUUUUUUUUUUUGUGUAUAAACAGAUUUGAAGGUUUUACCAGGCUUAAUAUGGUACCAGUUGCAUGAGUAGGGAACAAAAGGUGGCCUCCCACUUCUUGAGGCUAUUUACUGCCAACCCCUUGGCAGGAAGCCAGUUAUGACCUGGUUAAUUUGGAGGAAACUGGAGAUGUACCUGCCAGCAUUUUAUUACUGGCAUAUUAUAUGGAGUGUGUAAAAGAUUUGCUGAACUGCAGUUGUCAUAUUUCGUGCCAUUUUGAUCUACCCCUAGCUUUGGGAACAUUUUGCUGUGGGCUUUAUUUCAAGUUGAGCAAUCUCAUGGUGAAAUAAAUUGGGUCAACAUUUUUACUUUCUUUUCUUUUCCCCCUCCUCUCUAAGUCAGCUGUGUUGCAUGCAGGAUUUGUUUUGUGGUAAAGCUCAGUGGAGGAGCCGACCCCUUCCCGCUUUAACAGUAAGGGUAAAUAUAUGUUGUGAAGAUUUUGUGUUCUUGUGGAAACGUCUACGAAAGAUCACAUCUUGAUCAUAUGUCAUGGCUUAUGUUUAAAAUAAUGCCCUCCCCCCUUCUUUUUUUGCCUUUUUUUGCUUUGACUUUAUCGGGUCACAAAGCUGCUGCUGUUAAAGUGCAUAAAAUAUGAUAAUACAUUGAGUGACAGAUCACUUUGCACUUCCAGGAAUCUCUAUACAAACACGUCCUUUCACCGUGGGAGACACGAUGUGCCCAUGCUAGUGUCUAAUUCACAGUGCACCUACUAAGAGAUAUACACACAAAUGUUUUAGCCCUCAUUGCUGCUCCUCUUACCUUAGGUGUUGGUUUUCAACCACACAGCAACUUGGUGCUCUCAUGGUGCUAUUUUGGUAGCUCGUUCAUUUGAUUUGCAACUGGGGUGUUUCCUCAGUGCCCCAAAGCAGGCUCUGGGACGUUAAAGGGAAUCCACCAUCAGUGCAAUAAGGACAAACUGAUCUGUACACACUGGUAUUUACGUGCUGCUUUCUGUAAAUAAAAAUGAACACCAAUGCUUAUCUGUCAGUGGA